AUGAUGACUGCCACACAGACACAGGAUAACAUUAAUGAGGAGCCUGUAUUGCACAGCCAGAAAAGUAAUAUUGAUACAGAAGAUACCAACCAGGUGGAAUUGAAUGCAGAGACUGCACAUUCUAGUGUAAUUGACCAUGGUCUUCAAGACCAAUUCCUGGACUCUACAAAUCAAGAAUGUGAAGUUAGCAGAUCACAAACCAUUAGCCAACAGGAUUCUUUAAAGGAAGCCAUGCAGCUAAUUGAGAGGAAUAGAAAUGAAGAAAUGAAAAAAAUUGAACAUCAAAUAAAUCAGCUGAAUAAUAAUAUACAGAUUCUCAACACAACACAAAGACAACAGAAUCAAGCACUUGUCACUCUUGCAAAUUUUUACGAUCAUCUUGUUUCAUCACAGAAUGUGGCAGCAAUCAACUACCAACAGAUGCAGCACAGUAUAAAUCAAAUGCUAGCAUGGCAGUAUGAGACUAUUACCAUCACACGCAUGAUUUCCACUUUCAUGCAACUGUUGACAGAAGAAAGACAAAGAAUGUCCAGAUCAGAUAAUCCUUCUUGUAUAUCCAAUGCUACAGCAGGAACCUUUGUAUCCAGCUGUACACGUGGAGACUAUGUAACAAGCUCUACACACAGAGAGUAUGCAACGAGCGCUGCACCUGGAACCUAUCUAUACACCACUUUACCAGGAGAAUCUGUAUCCACCCCUGCAGCAGGAACAGAUGUAUCCACCACUUUACCAGGACCCUAUGUAUCCACCACUGCAACAGUAACCUAUGUAUCCACCACUUUACCAGUAUACUCUGUAUCCACUGCUGCAGCAAGUACCAAUGUUUCCACCACUUUAACAGGACCAUAUGUAUCCUACACUUUACCAGGACCCUAUGUAUCCACCACUGCAGCAGGACCCUAUCUAUCCACUACUUUAACAGGACCCUAUGUAUCCUCGACAUUAUCAGGACCCUAUGUAUCCAUACCUGCAACAGGACCCUGUGUAUCCUCCACUUUUGCGGGACCCUAUGUAUCCAUCCCUGCACCAAGACCCUUUGUAUCCACUACUUUAACAGGACCCUAUGUAUCCUCGACAUUAUCAGGACCCUAUGUAUCCAUACGUGAAACAGGACCCUGUGUAUCCUCCACUUUUGCAGGACCCUAUGCAUCCAUCCCUGCACCAAGACCCUAUGUAUCCACCACUGCAACAGAACCCUAUGUAUGCACGACUGUAACAGGACACUAUGUAUCCUCAACUUUAGCAGAACCCUAUGUAUCCAUCCCUGCAUCAAGACCCUAUGUAUCCACUACUUUUACAGGACCCUAUGUAUCCUCAACUUUAGCAAGACCCUAUGUAUCCACCACUGCAACAGAACCCUCUGUAUCCACGACUGUAACAGGACACUAUGUAUCCUCAAUUUUAGCAGAACCCUAUGUAUCCAUCCCUGCAUCAAGACCCUAUGUAUCCACUACUUUUACAGGACCCUAUGUAUCCUCCACUUUAGCCAGACCCUAUGUAUCCACCACUGCAACAGAACCCUCUGUAUCCACGACUGUAACAGGACACUAUGUAUCCUCAAUUUUAGCAGAACCCUAUGUAUCCAUCCCUGCAUCAAGACCCUAUGUAUCCACUACUUUUACAGGACCCUAUGUAUCCUCCACUUUAGCAAGACCCUAUGUAUCCACCACUGCAACAGAACCCUCUGUAUCCACGACUGUAACAGGACACUAUGUAUCCUCAAUUUUAGCAGAACCCUAUGUAUCCAUCCCUGCAUCAAGACCCUAUGUAUCCACUACUUUUACAGGACCCUAUGUAUCCUCCACUUUAGCAGGACCCUAUGUAUACAACAACUUACAUGGAGACUAUGUAUCCACUGCUUAUAGAGGCCUCAAUGUAUCCACCACUGCACCAGGGCCCUAUUUAUUGAAGCCAAAACCAGGACACUCAGAAUCCACUACUGGACAAAUUGCCUCAGAAUCCCCCGCUGACUCAGGACCCUCAGAAUCCACCGCUGCACCAGGAAAGUAUAAAUCCAACGCUGCACCUCUGUAG